GUGUCUUCCUCCGCUGUCUGCGCCAUCAGUACUCCCAGGUACAGAAGGGAAUUCCUGUGUCCCUCUUGUCUGAACAGGCUGAACAUCCCCGGUGAAGCUCUCGCUCUCUCUCGAGAGAGAAAGGCAGCAGAGAGGAACGAGGAGGAGGAGGAGGAAGAGCAUUCCACUCAGUAAAUUAAGAAAUAUAUACAAAUAUUCCGGAGCGUCUGCUUCAGUGUGAGGAGGAUUAAGAGUUCUGGGCAGGAUGGUUCACCUCUCUGACUUUCUGGCCUUCACCUUGGUGCUGGGUGCUGUGUCUGCAGUCCGGUCUGGCGUCGCUCACACGCACCUCCUCAAAGCCUGCGCUUCCUGUGGGAAGUCUGAGGGUCCCAGGGACCCGGCAGGAGACCUGAGCACGACGACACUGGCCCUGGGGGAGCCCUGCGGGGUCUACACACUGAGCUGUGCCAAGGGACUGCGCUGCAUGCCACCAGCACAGGAAACCAGUCCCCUUCAAUCCCUGCUGCAAGGCAGGGGCAUCUGCACCAAAGGCGGCAGAGCCAGCCCGCCCGAGAGGCCUCAUCUCACAGGUGGGAUCCCUUCACACAAUGGCGACCUGGAGAAGGCGCCCUGCCGUAAGCUCCUGAACGCACUGCUGCAACACCUGGAGCUCACUGUCUUCCCAUCCAACAGUGACAUCUACAUCCCAAACUGUGACACUCGUGGCUUCUACAGGAAGAAACAGUGCCGGUCCUCCAUGGGCAUGCAGCGGGGCCAGUGCUGGUGCGUGGAUGAGCGCGGCACACCACUGCCCACACAUGCCAGCAAUGAUGGAACCAUAUCAUGUGAUGGCCAGUGAGGGGUGCUGUGGGUGUGGCGUGAGC